AUGUUUGGCGUGUCGACACGCAAAAGUCUCAUUUACGUGCGUGGCCUGGAACGGCGUAUCGCAGAACUCGAACAGCAGCUUGCAUCAUCAACGCCACAAAAUUCUCAAAAUAAUGAUUUCAAAACAAACCCUUUGGAUCAAGGGACAGACUACUCUCUGGCAAACGAAAUCUUGAAUCCGGAAUAUCUGGCAAAUCAGUCACCCCAAGCCCAGACAACGAAGAGUUCCUUACAAGGGCGUGAAGUCUUGCAUAUCUCACCUUUCUUGAACGCCCCUAGCCCUGCAACUGAGAAUCUUGCUGAUGAGUUGAGGCUUCUCUCAUUGGAAGCAGCUGCCGAACGAUACCUUGGUUCUUCAUCGGGUCUGUCAUUUGCCAAAUUGACUCAAACAGUUCUCCAGCGUCUCUCUCCAGACCAGGAUGACUUCAUCUUUAAUGAGCCAGAUAGCGAUUUCACGGCAAGCUUUGACUUUGAUCUAGAUUUGACGGAAAAUCUCAACCCACUGCUCCCUGAACAGGUUCCUUCAUUGACGCAGCCUCCACCUUCGAGCCCUCUAUUUAGCAAUCCGGGAACAGAUAAUUUUGAAGGCUCUAUUAGCCUUGAGUUGCUCCAACCCACUCACAUAAAUUCCCUUCUGGAAUUUUAUUUUGCCCAUUCUCACACACUAUAUCCAUUCGUCAGAAAAAUUGAAUUUGAAUCAGUAUUAUGGAGAAUAUAUGCGGAUUCAUUAGAUGCCCUCGCUCAGUCACCGAUAUGGCAAUUCCGAAUCUGGAUGGUUCUCGCAAUAGGGUCGACAACAUAUUGUUCUGUCUCUUUGAUGGAUGAAACUGAGUCCAUCCAAUUUUUCAAGAAGGCCAUGACUUAUUUCGAAGGAGCCAUGGGAUGUGGUGAUCUGGCUGGCCUGGAGGUACUGAUGCUACAAGUAUCCUAUUCCUUUUUCAACAAAAAUGGACCUAAUACAUGGUUUCUGGUCGGUGUAGCGGCACGAAUGGCAACUGGAAUGGGACUUCAUACCUCGGACGCAUAUGAGUUUCUUACCGCCGACAUGGCUGAACAACAAAAGCGUGUCUUCUUUUCUCUCUACAUGAUGGAUCGUGUUGUGUCUUUAGCUCUAGGGCGGCCUUUUGCCAUCCAAGAUGAUGAUAUCACUGCUGAGUCUUUUGUAGACGCUGACGAUGCGAAUAUCAACCCAAAUGGAAUUCUUGUCGUGAACACACUUGAACCGUCCACAAUGGCUGUACCUCUUCACAUUCUAGAGCUCCGACGAAUAGCCAGCGAUAUUGGAAGCCGAGUUCAUUCGCAGAAGUAUGCCAUUAACAUAACCUCAGAAGCACGAGAAGAUAUCUUUAAGGACCUGCACCGGCGACUUAUUGAAUGGCGUCGCAACAUGCCAUUUCCUUUACCAGACCUCCAGUCCAAGGUACCUCAUCUAUGCACCAGCUGGUUCGAUUUCAAUUAUUAUACCCAUAUCAACAUGCUCUAUCGACCAUCGCCGCUUAGUCCCACUCCUGAUAUGUCAACAUUGAAAUUACUUGCUGAAGCUUCUGGCAUGGCGAUCCGCCAAGCAAUCAAUUUGCAUCGACAACGGCGAUUUGCGUUCAACUGGCUCAACUUGGUGGCCGUCUUUAAUUCGAUUCUUUCUUUGAUGUAUUCUUCGACAGCCAAUAUGGAAAAUCAUUCUUUAGUUUUGGAUCAUACACGAGCCAUGAAUGAUUUCGAACUGGCUGUAGAGUUAUUGGAAGCCUUUCGCAGAAAGUUUCCUUCUGCGAAGAAAAUCCAAGGCAUGGUCCAAAGGGUCUCAGUCAAGUUAAAAUUGCACUCAAUGCCUCCAAUUGGUUUCUGA